AUGUCUUCCUUACGACUGUUUGGGGCUCUUUCGAGAAUUUCUAGGAAUAAAAUCAAAUUCAAUAGUAAAUUUCAAGCUCGCUGCAUAUCUUCAGUAGAACUCAAGCAUUUCAAAUUGAAGGUAGUUGACAAUGUAGGAGUAAUAACAAUUGAUUCACCUGGAGAAAAAGUCAACGCCCUUAGUGAAGAAGUUUUUAGAGAAUUCGAGAGCCUGCUUCCUACGAUCGAAUCCAAUUCCCAAAUACAAGCAUGCGUCAUUAUUUCUGGCAAGCCGGGAUGCUUUAUUGCAGGUGCCGACAUAACUAUGAUAGAGGCCACCAAAACCGCUGAACAAGCCACUGAAAUGUCUGCUAGUGGUCAGAAGGUGUUUGAUCAAGUGGAAAAGAGCAAGAAACCUUUCGUGAGUGCUAUCCAGGGUUCCUGUUUGGGAGGAGGUUUGGAAACGGCCCUGGCGACACACUACAGGAUAGCUGUGAAAGAUAAAAAGACCAACCUGGGUCUGCCAGAAGUCAUGUUAGGACUUUUGCCUGGUGCCGGUGGUACCCAAAGGCUGCCCAGCCUGACGUCCGUCCCGGCCGCCCUUGAUCUGAUGCUCACCGGCAAAAGCCUACGCGCCGACAAGGCGAAGAAGCUGGGCGUGGUCGACCUGUUGGUGGACCCCCUGGGCCCGGGCCUGGACGCACCGGAGGCCAACACGAGGAGGUACCUGGAGGCGGUGGCUAUCGAUGUGGCCAAGCAGCUGGCCGCCGGGAAGCUCAAGGUGGAGAGGAAGAAGAGUCUGACGGACAAGGUGCUCGGGUACGCGUUGCAGUACAACUGGGUGAAGGAUCAGGUGUUCGGAAGGGCUAGGAAGCAGGUGAUGAAGAUGUCUGGCGGGUUGUACCCUGCUCCUUUGAGGAUCCUGGACGUGGUCCGCACUAGCCUCGACAAAGGCCCCCAAGCGGGUUUCCGCGCCGAAGCCCUAGCCUUCGGCGACUUGGCCAUGACGCCGCAGUCGCGCGGCCUCAUCGGCUUGUUCAGAGGCCAGACGCAGUGCAAGAAGAACCGGUUCGGCAAGCCGACCAGGCGGGUGGAGACGGUGGGCGUGCUGGGGGCGGGGCUGAUGGGCGCCGGCAUCGCCCACGUCAGCGUCGACAAAGGGUACCGGGUGGUGCUGAAGGACUCGAACGGCGCUGGGCUGGCCAGGGGGGUGAAUCAGGUCUAUACGGGACUGGACGGGGCUGUUAAGAGGAAGAAGUACUCCGGACUCGAAAGGGAUAGAUUCAUGGCGAACCUCAACUCCACCCUGAGUUAUGAUGGUUUCCGUAAAGCUGACAUGGUGAUUGAGGCUGUUUUCGAAGAUUUGAACAUCAAACACAAGGUGCUCAAAGAAGUGGAAGCCAUUGUUCCUCCACAUUGCGUAUUUGCUACUAAUACUAGCGCCAUUCCCAUCACCAAAAUCGCUGCUGCUUCCAAAAGACCGGAAAAUGUUAUAGGUAUGCACUAUUUCUCGCCUGUCGACAAGAUGCAACUCCUGGAAAUCAUCACGACCGACAAGACCAGCAAAGAGGCCACCGCCGCCGCCGUCGACGUCGGCCUCAAGCAAGGCAAGGUCGUCAUCACCGUCGGAGAUGGCCCCGGCUUCUACACCACCCGUAUCCUGUCAGCCAUGAUGGCCGAAUCGGUUAGACUUCUGCAGGAGGGCGUGGACCCGAAGGAGUUGGACUCGCUGUCGAAGAAGUUUGGGUUUCCCGUGGGGGCGGCAACGUUGGCAGACGAGGUCGGGAUCGAUGUGGCCUCCCACAUCGGACCGAAUUUGGCUGAGGCUUUCGGCGAAAGGUUCGCUGGAGGUGACUUGGGCGUGAUGCGCGACAUGGUACAAGCCGGCUUCCUCGGCCGCAAGUCUGGCAAAGGCAUCUACCUGUACGAAAAGGGGAAGAAGAGCCGCGAAGUCAACGCCGAGGCGGUGGAGAUCAUCAAGAGGUACUCGCUGGCGCCGAAGGGGGCGUUCGAAGACGAAGACAAAACGCUCAGGAUGGUGUCCAGGUUCGUCAACGAAGCCGUCCUCUGUCUGGAAGAGAAGAUCCUCGCCAACCCCAUGGAGGGAGAUGUCGGUGCUGUUUUCGGGCUCGGCUUCCCCCCGUUCACCGGCGGGCCCUUCCGCUGGGUGGACCAAUACGGGGCGGCCAAGCUGGUCGCCAAGAUGGACGCCUUCCAGAACUCCUACGGGCUGCCCUUCAGGGCGGCUCAGACCCUCUUGGAUAUGGCCAAAGACCCGAGCAAGAAGUUCCACCCCAAGUAG